AUGGACACAUUACUAACUGCUGACAUUAUCGCCAAUUCCCCGCGUUUCCGACGGAAGUCUUCUACCUUCGUCGAUGCGAUCCAUGACUUACCCGAGAAGGCCGAUCUAGCUCCGGCCCAGCUCUACAGUACCGAGUCAGGACGGCUUUUCCACUCCGGCCGAAUCGUCAUCAUCACCGUGGGGUUACCGGCGAGGGGUAAAACACAUAUGUCUGUAGCUCUAGCGCGAUAUCUACGAUGGUUAGGCGUGAAAACCAGAAUAUUUCAUCUAGGAGAUUAUAGACGUGCAACCAUUCCCUUUGGCCAGGAUAUUCCAGAUGACUACUUCUUCGUGAACGCAUCCGCUUCAUCGGUCCUCUUAAGACAAAAGAUUGUGAAACGGUGUCGGGAAGAUAUUUAUCAGUUUCUGAACCAUGAAAAUGGACAGAUAGCCAUUUACGACGCCGUCAAUCCAUUGGCAUCCGGUCGGCGAUCACUCGCAAAAGAAUUUGCUAAGCAUGACAUUGAGACACUAUUCAUCGAGUCGUGGUGUGACGACGAGCGCAUAAUCGAAGAAAACGUCCGAAGGGUCAAAAUAUCCUCACCCGAUUAUGUGGGCUGGAGCUCGGAAGAUGCUGUGAAACAUUACCUGACUCGGAUAGCCGCUCGUAUUCCUCAAUUUCAGUCAAUGGAGGAGACGGAUCUGAAUUAUAUCAAGAUGAUGAAUGCUGGGGAAAGGUUAAUUGUGAACAAUCGAAGCUUCGGCUAUCUCUCCAACAGAAUAGUGUUCUAUCUCCUCAAUCUUCACAUCAAAUCCAGACACACAUACUUUGCACGAGCUGGCGUAUCACUGGAAGCGGAUUCUUAUAAAGCAGAUGCCUCGCUGUCUGAGCAGGGCGAAGACUACGCGAAGAAGAUGACGGAGUCCUUGCUGAGGCAUAGGGAGUCUGAAAGGCAAGCAAUGAUCGACGAGGGAGAACCGAGUUACGAGUUAAAACCACUUACUGUCUGGACCUCCACACGAAGAAGGACAGUUGAGACGGCUAAGUAUCUCCAUGAAAAAGGAUACAAAGUGCGACAGAGAUCUCAGAUGAGCCAAUUAAACCCGGGAGUUUGCGAGAAGAUGUCAGAGGCAAAGAUCCGUCAGGAGUAUCCGGAAGAGGUUGCAAAACACGAACUUGACCCCUACCAUCAUCGGUAUCCGCGGGCGGAGUCAUACCAUGACCUUGCAGUUCGACUCGAACCUAUCAUUCUAGAGCUCGAGCGUGAACAAAACGAUUUGCUGAUUAUCGCACAUGAAAGCGUGCUGAGAGUCUUAUACGGGUACCUGAUGGCCUGCAAUGCUGCGGAUAUCCCAUUCUUGGAUUUCCCUCGUGAUGAGAUUAUUGAAAUCAUACCCGAAAGCUAUCAAAACGAAGCACGCAGGGUCCAUAUCUCUGGCCUUCCCAGAGAAAUCGUCCCCGGUUCUCCUCAGGACAUCAAGAUCCCUGUGCCCCCCAGCGGAGUAACAACCCCUUUGGCUGCUGAUCUUGGCAGCCCGCGCGAGGGUCUCUCGACUCCCCAGAGCGGUCUCCGAACCCCGCGCGAACCGGAAAGAAUCUCACAGCAGCAUAUCGACCUGUUGGGCUCCGAAUUCACCAGCUCAAUGGUCUCUGUCACCACUGAGUACGUUAGCGUUGGGGGCAAUAGGCAUCCCGCCGCCGCCGAUUGGGAUGUCCGGACUGGCGUGCUUGCCUUCGGUGCCGAUAACAAUGUAGCACUGUGGAACCCAAAUGAUAGUACGCAGCGCGGAGUCUAUUCACUCCUUGUCGGCCACACCGACAAGGUCAGCGCCGUUCGAUUCUACACCUGCCCUACUACAGACGCUAAAUACCUUUUGACCGGGUCAGUCGACCAUACAAUCCGCCUAUGGCGAGCGCACUCAGCCGACUCGCGUCAAUACGUGCACGUGAAUACCCUGGAAGGCCAUACUGGUUCAAUCAAUACCAUCGCCGUGGCUGACGGGCACGACAUCGUGGCAACGGGAGCCGCUGAUGGAACCGUCAAAGUAUGGAAGAUUCAUGCUCAGGGCGAAGCGAAGGGCGAGCUGCUCAAGUCAAUAUUCAUGAAGCCACGGUUCUUUCCACUGGCCUUGGCAUUGAGCCCUCUUCAAUCGGAGUCGGAUACCAGACCCGUCGCCUUAGCGGUUGCAGGCACCACCAAUGCCGUGCAAAUUUACGUGGCGGAGAAUACCCAUACAGCUCUUGAAUUCAGGCUCUCGGCUGUGUUGUCUGGACAUGAGGCUUGGGUACGGUCCUUGAAUUUCACGUUAGACAAGCAGAGCGCAGCCGGUGACAUUCUGCUGGCCUCGGCGAGUCAAGACAAAUAUGUCCGACUUUGGAGACUGCAGCGUGGGGGGGCUACUUCUACUGCUCCGGCCGAUUACGGUGACCCCAUGAUAGGUGGCGUUGAGACAACUCUUUCGAACAAAGCCCACCAAUUCGAGGUAACCGGGCUGAAAUUCUCUGUCACCUUUGAAGCGCUACUUUUCGGAAACGAGGACUGGAUCUACACCGCCAACUGGAAUCCCAAUCCAGAGCGCCAGCAGCUCCUCACUUCCUCGGCUGAUAAUACAUUAACCAUUUGGGAGCAAGAUCCUGCUUCCGGGGUGUGGCUCUCCGCCGAGAGGAUGGGAGAGAUUAGCGUCCAGAAAGGCUCAACAACCGCUACUGGCAGUACGGGUGGGUUUUGGAUUGGCCUCUGGUCUCCAGAUGGCACACAGGUUGUCAGCCUCGGUCGUACCGGUAGUUGGCGAGCAUGGAAAUAUGAUGCAGCAUCUGACUUGUGGGUGCAAUCUCUUGGGAUUUCUGGACAUGUACGGUCGGUCAAUGGCGUGCAAUGGGAGCCUUCUGGCGGAUACCUCCUGUCGACUAGCGCCGACCAAACCACGCGCCUUCAUGCCAAAUGGGAGCGCGAAGGACUUCAGUCUUGGCAUGAGUUCUCCCGUCCUCAAAUACAUGGGUACGACCUGAACUGUAUCGAUACUCUAGGACCGGCUAGAUUUGUGUCUGGCGCAGACGAGAAGCUGUUGCGGGUUUUCAAUGAGCCUCGACCAAUUGCGCAACUACUGGGGAGGCUCUCCGGUUUCAAGCAAUCCGAGGAGGUUCAACUGCCUGACGCAGCCGAGAUCCCUGUGCUGGGUUUGUCAAACCAAGCUCCGGCUGACGAUGCCCCCGGAGGAGAGGAGGAAACAGAUAACGCAUAUAUGGAAAAGACACAGGCUAUCUCAACGGCACUGCUAGAGUCGAAUCAACCGCCAUUGGAGGAUCAACUGGCUCGUCACACCCUAUGGCCCGAGCAUGAGAAGUUAUAUGGCCACGGCUAUGAAAUUUCUGCCGUAGCCGUUAGCCACGACCGCACGCUUAUCGCCACGGCCUGCAAAGCGAGCUCGAUUGACCAUGCGGUGGUUCGUUUAUAUGACACUUCCGACUGGCAUGAGAUUCGGCCCUCCCUUGCCGCUCAUACAUUGACCAUCACAAGUCUCUGUUUCUCUAGUGAUGACCAGCAUCUUCUCAGCGUUGGUCGUGACAGACAAUGGGCUGUGUACAAGCGCAGCGAGCAAGACCCCUCAACCUUCUCAAUACUGACGAACAAUCCCAAGGGUCAUUCGCGUAUGAUUCUCGACGCCGCAUGGGCUCCGAUAUCACAGACUCCUAUCUUCGCGACUGCUGGCCGCGACAAGUCAGUGAAGGUCUGGCAAAUGCAUGACGGUGCAUGCGAAUGCAAGGCGACAAUCCCCUUGGAUACCCCCGUAACUGCCAUCUCAUUCCUUUCGAGUAUACAGAAGAAUUCGUUCAUUCUCGCCGCGGGCGAAGAGAGCGGGGAGCUGUCUAUCCACCGGAUUGCCAUCGGCAGUCUGCAAAUUAGUCACCUGGCAAGCGUUGACAAGCUCAAAUCGCCGUCCAAGGCCAUUACCCAACUUUCCUGGCGGCCGGGCCAGAAGGAAGCGGCGCCACAUUUCGUGCUUGCCGUGGCCAGUGAAGAUACCUCGCUGCGCAUAUAUGAUUUCUCGGAUUUGGUUUUAUGA